AUGAAGUCCGAGACUCGUGCCAAGAUGGUAUUUGUUGAGGAAAAGGAAAUCACCAAGGAAAUUGAGAAGCCAACGGGAACAAAAGAGGAUAUUGUUUACUCCACCGGAAACGAGAUGCUCAUUGAUCAAUUCUAUCAACAAGGAGACCAGGCUGAGUUCAACCCAUUCAAACUUCCAACCGAGCAAAAGAUGGAGCAACUCCAAGAGAUUUUCCGUCAAGUUCAAGAACACGAGCAAAACACUCCAGAAACCGUUCACCUCAUAGCCCGUGCUGUAGGUUUUCUUCGCUCAAUCAGUUAUGGAGACAAUGAACUUCGUUCCCGUCGUGUUCAAUCCGGAAUCCAGAUGCUCCAAGAGAUCGUCAAAAAGAUGAACAUCCGUCCACAUGUCCAACGUACCGAUGAACAAUCUGCUCACGCUGUUUUCUACCUCCGCUACAAGGAUAUGGACUUUGUUGUUCUUCCACUUGACAUGCAAACCAUUGACAACCUCCUCGAGAAGUACGUCAGAAAUGAAGAUUUUGAUAUCAAAUCUGUUCUUACUCUUGUGAACAAUGAUUCCACUUUUGAGCUUCACCGUACCCUCUCCAUCUACGAAUCCGAGCGCAUCAUCCCAACCACCAUUGGAGUACCACUUUCCAUUUCAGGAAAAAAACCAACCAUCAUUUCUCUUACCGGAAAGGUUUUGGUUGAAAUUCUAAAUCUUGGAGCUCGUAUUACCCUUGAUGUCGUUCCAUCAAUUGCUUCUACCCACGUUACGGAUGUCCGUUUCUGGAGCCCAAUGUUUGAUCAAGGAGUCAAGUCCCUUCAGUCUACCCGUCUUCACGCUCCAGUGAGAUUCGAGUCGACUGUCGAGUUCAAUAAGAACAACCUUGAGAUUACUCACAAGUUUGUUGUCCCAGAGAAUUCUAAAACCACCGCUUCGUACCACACUCGCCCAGUUGCUUUUAUCCAUGUCCCAAAAGACCAAGAGAUUACAGAAAUUGAAGAAAACACUAUCUCUCACUCUGAGUAUCAACUGGCUUGCGAAGAAAUUGACCGCCAUUACGAUGUUCUUGGUCUCAAAAUCAACGCUCAAGGAAACGUUCUCUCAAAGUGGUGUUUUUCGAAAGCUCACAUGACUGAGCAAGAUUUCGAAUACACUCUUGAGAACAAGAAUCGUCCAGCUGAGUUCGUUGCACGUUUCACCAUCGAAAACUUGGAGAAGACUGAUCUUACUGAAAUAAAGGUUGACAGGAUCUUCGAGAAGGAAUUCGAUAUGGAGAACAAUAAAUCUAAAAACCGCCGUCAAUACUUCAACAAGAUGAUCCGUGAAAUCCAAUCUGAACAAGGAUACAAGAACCUCAUCUCCAUGAAAUUUGAGGCUCCACAAAAAAUGUACUGGAACCAGGAACUCCGCACUGUCUGUGACCAAUACGUUCGUAUGUGCAAGAUUGAGAUGGACUGCCGUCGUUCCCCAGUUGCCGAGGAGACCAAGGAAUGGACUCUUCACACCGAACUUUUUGCCGUCCGCCCAGAAAUGCUAUCUUCCCUCUGCCAACUCCAUGAACAACCAAACCGUGAGGUUCAACUUGCUCUCAACGCCGAGUGGGGAUCAUCCAAGAAAAGCGAGAUCAUUGUCAGAGCUCAACUUGAACAAUCCAAGGAACAGAAGAAAUACGUCCGCAUCAUGGAACGCGAGUUCAACGGAAUCCCAGAAUACAAACUAUUGAUCAAGGCUGCCCGCCUUAACCAAAUCAAUGUUGUCUCCGAGUACAAGCUGACCGAAGAAGCUGAACACACCUUCUCUCGUCUCUUUGACUUCAUCAAGGCUUACAACUUCUGGAGUGUUUCCGAGAAGCGUGUCGAGAAUGAAGAACGUCGUGCUGUUCUCCAACUCAUUGUUGAGCCACUUUCCCGCCAAUACAUCAACAUGACCAUCCAAACUCCACAACAACAAGUCGAACUCAAGAAUGUCCGUGUCCCACGUGUCUUCCUUCCAACUAUUGCUCGUCGUGCCAUGGACCAACAAGUCUGGGAAAAGACCGGAGCUUCCUGCAAGGUUGAUCAAUCCGAGGUGUCCGCCUUCGAAAACAUCACCUACAGUGCCCCACUCACUACCGGUUUCUCUCUUGUUUCCAAGGACUUCUCUGAGCAACCAACUUUUGCUGUUAGCUCCAAGAAGAUUAACAAAAACAAUGAUGAUUAUUGGCCGGACUGUAAGGACUGCGCAUAUAAACUUGGGGAUGCGAAUGCUUAUCUUAAACCAGUUGUAUCAAAUAUUGCUGCUCUGUGGCAUGCUGGCUGUAGUUUGCAAUCAGAAACUCUAUACGACUGUAUUACAACGAAAGACUAUAUGGAAGAGACUAUGUAUAAGAUCGUUGAGAAAAUGUUCCCACCAAGUUUUGAAACUGAACCAAGUUUUGGACCUGCACGCCAUGUAGGCUGUAGCCAAAUAUUGAAGAUAUGUCCUGACAAAUCGUUAAAUGGGACGCAACUCGCAUCAACAGAGUGGUCUUGCGCGACGUGCUCAACAGUGUUGAAUAAUAUUCUGGAAAUUGUUGAAACUCCGAUUCAGAAAAUUAAUGAGAAUGCUGCCAGUUUUUUUUGCAAAAAUCAGAAUGAUCUCUGCACACAAUCAUUUUCUGUUGCAAUAACUCUAUGGGGACCAUUAUACAAAAUCUUCAAAGACCCGAGUACCAUCAACAACGUUUGCAAAAAAACAAUGGAAUGUGUCGAGUGA